AUGCGUUGGUUUACAAACGCCGUAGGACUACUGAGUUUUGGCGUUGCCAUUACUGCGGGCUCAGCCAUCCCGACUCACCGCUCUGAGCCGGUCUACAGCUCGCACCCCGAUCGCGCCGAUGCCGUCAAGGCUGCCUUCCAGCUGAGCUGGGAUGGCUACUACAAAUACGCCUUUCCUCAUGACUCUCUUCAGCCACAGAACAACAGCUACAAGGACGACCGUAAUGGCUGGGGUGCGAGUGCCAUUGACGCUUUCUCCACCGCAGUGGUAAUGGAGAACAGUCAGGUUAUUCAACAAAUUUUGGACCACGUUCAGAACAUCAACUUUGAUAACUCGGUCGGCACCAUCUCGCUCUUUGAGACUACUAUCCGGUAUCUGGGCGGUCUGCUUUCGGCCUAUGAUUUGCUCCAGGGUCCACUCAAUCAAUAUGCCACCAACGAGACCGCAGUUGCCAAUAUCCUGAAUAAGGCAAGACACCUGGCCGACAACCUCGCGGUAGGCUUCAACACUACCACUGGCAUUCCGGACAACAUCCUCCUGUUCGACCCACCACGCACCAAUGGCUCUACCUCCAACGGCCUUGCCACCAUUGGCACGCUGAUUCUCGAGUGGACCCGGCUGAGCGACCUGACGGGGAACCAAUUCUACCGAGAACUGGCCGAAAGGGGCCAGUCUUACCUCAUGAACCCACAGCCACAGGGUCUGGCCGAACCAUUUCCAGGCCUCGUCGGAACCAAUCUGAACAUCAGCAACGGCCUGUUCACCGAUGGCACCGGGGGCUGGGGUGGGGGUGAUGACAGCUUCUACGAGUACCUCCUCAAGAUGUAUCUUUACGAUCCUGUACGAUUUGCUACAUAUAAGGACCGAUGGAUUGCGGCGGCCGACUCGUCCAUAAAGUACCUUGCGUCCAGCCCUGUCACGCGGCCAGAUUUGACCUUCCUGGCGACGUUUGAUAACCAGACGCGCAUAUUUCAGUCUGGACACUUGACCUGUUUUGAUGGAGGAAACUUCAUUCUCGGGGGCCUGACGCUGGACGUGCCGCGGUACAUCGACUUUGGCCUGAACCUGACGGCUGCAUGCCGUGAAACAUACAGGGCCACAGCCACGGGCAUCGGGCCAGAGGGUUUCCAGUGGCAGGACAACGGUGGACAGGCGGCCAUCAACGCGACCAACAACCCAGCACCGCCGGCGGAAAGUGCGGCUUUUGCCCAGGAGGCCGGAUUUUGGGUCUCAGACAGCCAGUACAUGCUUAGGCCCGAGGUCAUCGAGAGCUACUACUACUCCUACCGGGCGACAGGCGACGCCAAGUACCAGGAGUGGGCCUGGGAUGCCUUCCUGGCGAUCAACAAGACGUGCGCGGUGGGAAGCGGCUACAGCUCGAUCAAUGACGUCAACAAGGCCGGUGGCGGUGGCUUCCAGAACUUCCAGGAGAGCUUUUGGUUUGCCGAGGUGCUCAAGUACAGCUUCCUCAUCCAGGCACCGGAUGCCGACUACCAGGUUCAGCCAGAUCACACAAACAAAUUUGUCUUCAACACCGAGUGCCACCCGCUUCUGAUUCCGGGUGGCGAGCAAGCUCAUAGAUAG